AUGGAGCUGGAGGCCGUUCGGCGGUGCUUCGCGUCCUACGUGGGCGACGCCGAGCUGGCCGACCGCCUGGAGGCGAUCGUGCCCGCGCUCACGGCCUUGCUGCGGGGAGUGGCCCCCGAGCAGGAGGAUGCAGUGCGGAGGAAUGUGGCUCUCCACGCCGACGCCCCUGGGGUCAGGGUUGCGUCGGCGUGUGGCCUCACCCUGCGGCGGCUCCAGCGGUCCGCCAGGCUGGAGGCGAGGCGAGAGCGCAAGUUCGAGUGCCACGUGGAGGCUUGCGAGGCGGAGGCGCUGCCGCAGCUCGGCCGAGUUGUGGCCCUGCGCACGGCGUUGCGGUCGGCUGCGAGGCCCUUCGCCCCAGCUGGGGUUGACCCCGUUGCCGGCGGCGGCGGUACCCAGGUGAUGCAGGCCCAGGUCGACGUCGAUGAGUGCGACGAGGCGCGGCAGCAGCUUAACAUGGAGUUCGAUCUGGCUGGGCGCGCCCGCGUUGGGCGUGGCGCCCGCAUCGGCGAUUGCUACGUGCCUUCCCCUCUCUUCCCUGGGGUGUCGGAGGUUGACUGCGUGGUGGACUUCGUGCAGGCCGCGGGCGCUAUGGCGGCGCCGCCGCGCGCUGCUGGCGAGUGCUCCGACUCCGACGGCGUGAUCCUCGACGGCGAGGCCGACGUGGCCACCGCUUGCUCGGUUGGGGAGCAGCCAGCCGCCGAACCUGCUGAACAUGUUGCUGCCGCCGCCGCCGCGUACCUCGACGCCUUCCCGCAGGCCCUCUUCCGUGGGGGCGGCGGCGCCAGGGCUCGUGGCGAGGUCGCGGCUCGUGAUUGGUGGCGUGCGAGGGCGGCCGUUGCCCGCGCUUGGCUCACAGCGGAUGCCGCGACGGUGCAGGCGCCCUCGGAUGAAGGAGCGAGCGUUGGAGGUACUGCAGGCGGGGCGCCGCUGCCUCCAGGCUUGGAUUCGAGGAGUGGUUGGAGCAGCGUGGUUAGUGCUCCUGGUGAGACGCCAUCUCCCUGCGUGUUCGGAAUGCCUUCUGAGUGA